UUCUGAUAGUUGCUCUAGCAAGAUUAGGGUGAGUGAAUACUUUAGCCUUAACUAGAAUAAUUAAUUUAAUAUAUAGAGAUGGAAAUUGUGGAAGCAGCUGUGGUGGUGGUGGUGGUGGCGGCGGGUGCAGUAGUGGCUGUGGAGGAGGUGGAGGAGGAUGUAGCUCAGGAGGCGGUGGUGGUUGCGGAAGUAGUUGUGGCAAUCAAUUGGAUAUACAAGCAGUGGCUGUGGUGGUGGAGGAGGAGGUGGUGGAGGCUGUGGAGGAGGUUGUAGCAGUGGAGGUGGAGGAGGCGGUGGUGGAGGCUGUGGAGGAGGUUGUAGCAGCGGAGGUGGAGGAGGAGGUGGUGGAGGCUGUGGAGGAGGUUGUAGCAGCGGAGGUGGAGGAGGAGGUGGUGGAGGCUGUGG